AUGGCGACAGGCGCUGUUGAUGUUGCAGAUCUUCCCCAUGAUAACCUGCAGGCUCAAGCACUCGCUAUCACUUUUGUUUUCCCUGCCAUCGCAACGGUUGCGCUCGCUUUGCGAUUAUUUAGUAGAUCUUUGACUAGAUCUUUUGCUGCAGAUGAUUGGAUUAUUUGCUUUGCGAUGGUCAUUUACUGGGCAGAGACAUAUACUUCAACCAAAGUGAUAAAAUACAACUAUGUCGGAGUUCAUAUCUGGGACCUUCCAGCCGAUUGGGACUCUGUGCCUGGUGCAAAAUAUGGCUAUGCGACCGAACUCAUUUAUAAUCCCAUCCUGGCCCUCGUAAAAACCUCUAUCCUCCUCUUCCUUCUUCGUCUGACUGGUCAAAAGAGCAACGUCAGACGAACGAUUGUGGGCAUUUUGAUCUUCAAUGGUAUCAUGAUGGUUACGACGUUUUUGCUCACGACUUUUCAUUGUGUUCCCAUUGCCGCGAAUUGGUAUCCGGCACUGUAUCCCAAUGCUGUGUGCAUGAAUUUCGCGAAUUUCGUCACCGGAACAGCCGCUGUUAGUGUUUUCACUGAUAUGAUGGCUUUGUUGAUGCCAACGUGGAUUGUGUAUAACUUGCAAAUUCAGCGAAGGCAAAAGAUGAUGCUUGCUGCUAUAUUGUCAUUUGGUCUUAUAACCGUCAUAAUUGGCAUUAUCCGUAUCAUCCUUCUCGAUGCGUUCGAUCGCCACCCCCCUGCAGACAUCACUUACUCCCUCCUGUUCUGUAUCACGACCAUUGAAGUUGGGCUAUCAUUCGUUUGCGCUUGUGCACCCUCUUUAAAACCCAUCAUCGUGCGCGUCAUCCCCAAGCUUUUUGGAGAAAGCAGCCGCUCGCGCAGUGUCAAAAAGUCUCCCGAUCGAUAUGGAAAUGGACAGGGACGGACAGGCCGACGACCGGAAGGUUACGAAAUGGGUAGGAGGACAGCGCAUCAUACGGAAAUUGGGGCCAGUGAAAUGCCAGAUGGAGAUUAUGAUAAGGUGAGUGAUUUCACCGAUGUGGAGAGUGGUCACAGAAAGAAAGAUGGGAUGCGUACAGGUCAGAUGGGAAUUGCGGUGAGGACGGAAACGGAGGUGCAGUGGCAUGAUAAAAUUUCUGUAAGCCACGGGAAAUCAGCUAGGAAGAGCGAUUGUAGUACCGAAAGUCUUGUAUGA